AUGGUUGAAUCGGUUGAUGUCGAUGACGCAUUUGCCGAAUUUGAUAGGCAAGUGCUGGCCUCGUCUUUUUGCUAUAGCGAAUAUGAAAAGCUCGAACACAAAGUGAUGGCUAUCCCCAAUUAUCCUGUCAUACAGCUACUUAGUAGAAAGAUGGCAGUGGCGCAUUUGAACGAAGAAGAUGUCGCCAAUUGGAAAAGAGCAUGCCCUUCGAAGGAUCUGAGAGAGUAUCAAUGUCUACUUAUGUACCAAAAGGAAGAAUUCCCAACGGUUGAAACCUGGUUGAACUAUCUCGAAGGCAAGGAACCCAACGAGCAUGACUUACUACAAGCAUUUGCUUCAUGUCGCAGCAACUACAAAAGAGGAAAGGAGAUUUUUCAAAAGAUUUCUUGCUACUACACGGCCACUGGAGAGGUGGAUAAGCAACAAGCAAUCUUUGUGAAGAUGAUCUCUACUCCUCACAAAGGACUAGAGGAGACUUACCAGGAGUACUCCCUGUUCGUGUCGGCACAUUGUCCCCUUGAUUAUACGGCGAGAAUGAAAGAGGCAAGCCAACUCAAACUGAAAGCUGGAGCAAGAGAUAAAUUCUUUCUUUCUCACGAAAUGAAAGUGGCUAAUGAUCCACAAAAUCCUCAGGUUUGGAUCGACUAUAUAUUGUCUUGUGCCAAGCAUGAACGAACAGGCGAGUUUCUCGCAGCAAUUGAGGAGAUUCUUUUUCGAUCAGUACUUGAGUCUCAUAUGAUCUCGGAUAAGCGCUGGCUAAAGGUUUGGCUUACUACCUUAAAAAUCAUCGAGGAAAACGAGCUGGCUCGUGUGGUGCCAUUACUAACUAGGAUGAUAAAGGCAUAUCCAACAACAACACGUGUAAUAGCUCAUUGGUUGAGGUCUGAUACGUCAAUUGAAAAUUUCUUUUCUUUACGCAGAGAGCUCCUAAAUCAGAUGAAAGACAUCAGUUCUACUGACUCGACUUGGGGAUGGGCCGCCACGCAAUUGCUAUAUGCGGACCUAAAGAAGUAUGGCAAAUUCCAAGAUAACUUGGCAAAUGCUUUUUUCGAUGAUUUGUCUUUAGUUGGCUCCAUCGGUCUUAAGAACGGGAACGUUGACCUAGCUAUGUUUGCGAUGUCUUUGGCGGCCAGAGCAUCAUCGGGCGCUAGUGGAUUUUUUGAACUUUUUAUACAACUCGCUAGUGUUGCAUUCGAUACAUGGCCCCAUUCUUCGAAGGUUUGGGUGAUGUGCUUUCACCUUCUAUCUUUGUAUGGUCCGUCCAAGUAUGCAAAUAAAAUGCUCAAAAUGCUAUCAAAGGAUCUAAAGCAGCUUGAUGAUCCAAAAAUGGUCAUUGAUUACGCCGUGAUGUAUCAGGCAACGCGUGGCGAGGUGGAAGGAUUAGAACACCUAUUGGAGCUUCAAGAGGACUACAAGAUCAUAACCCCACGAAAACAUGCACUUGACUCUGAUAGGAGUAAUGAAACGGAUGAAGUUAUAGUGGAACAAACAUUGAAACCCAGUGACGCUUCCAGUGCACAUCCAGUCAAGAAGUUGCUCAAGGCAAGCCUGACAGAAUUAGAGAGAGAGGAAUUGAAGCGGUCUCGCGAGAUGUUCAGAGUGAAGAUUGAAAACCUUAGUCCAUCAGUGAAUUUAGAGGCCAUCACCGACUUCCUCAGUGAGUUCUGCCAUCCGAACUCCAUCGAUAUUUACCUGGAUCAUGGGAAUCACUACGCCUUUGUAGAGCUCGCUUCCGAACAGGAUGUCUUGAGGGCUCUAGCCAAAAACCACAAAGUCUUGCUAGAUUCAACGGUGACUAUAAAGCGCAUCUUCGCAAACACUUUAUGGUUGACGAACUUUCCGCCAAAGUGGGGUGCAUCUGAUCUACGUAAGUUAUUGAACUCAAAGACCCUCCAUUUUCUUGAUGUUCGUUUCCCAGCACAAAGUGAUGCAAAGGAGAGAAGGUUUUGCUAUAUCGACUUCCCUGACACAAGUGCUGCCGAGGCUGCACAACGCAUCCUCAACAACUUUGAAGUUGAGGGCUACUCGUUGCAUGCUGAAAUCUCCAACCCUGCUCUCAAGCACAAACGCAGUGGUCCAAAUGUGCAUCACCAGGUUUACGUUCGCAAUAUGAAUUUUGAGGUCACCAAUGAAGAAGCACUAAGGGACUUCUUUAGUGCAGUGGGUGAAGUAGUAGAUGUUAAGGUUCCUGUGAAGGAUGAAAAUCGGAGUAAGGGCCACAAGAAUAGCGGCUUUGCGUUUGUCACAUUCUCCGACGCAGAUUCUGUAAAAAAGGCUCUAAAGGCCAAUGAUACCAUCCUUGAUGGGCGCCAUAUUCAGGUGUCAAAGGUCAAAACUAAACAUGUCUUGAGCGAAGCAAAGCCUCAUGAAUUUCGAACGGAACGCUCAAUUGCGGUAUUCAAUUUGAAUUCGACCACUUCAAAGGCACGCUUACAAGAUUUUAUGAACAAUAAGGUUGGUGAAACACUGAAGGUACAACUCAAACCAAGUAAAAGAGCAGCAUUAGUGGAGUUCACCAGAGAAGCUGACGCAGGCCGAGCACGAUUGCUACUUGAGGGAACGUUGUUCGAGGAAGAGAUUCUUCAUGUGGGUUCCAAAGAAGACUUCUUGAAAGCUGCGUAUGGUCCUGAUGAGUCAUUGACACAAGAAUCAGGAACUGCUUCGAAGAAGCCCUCGAUGGCACCACCACAACUCAUGAGACGGAGGAGAAUGUAA